GAAGGAGGAGAGGAGGAGGAGCCUUUCCCACCCCACAAGUGGGCAUCCUUUCCAAGUUGCAGAAAAGUUUCUGUGUGCCUCCUUUAUUUCUUCUUCCUUGUGCAGAGCUGCUUGCAAAGGGGGCCCAGGCAAAGUCCCUUUGCAAAGAGGGUGCCAAAGUCCCCAUCAUCUCCCUUGGGCUAAUUGGGGGCCCUUCAAACUAAGCCACUUUUUGCAAGGACCAGAGAGAGAGGCAAGAGAGAAGGGAUGCCCAACGAUGCCUCUUUGCACAAGCCUUCUUCGGCUUCUUCCUCGGAGCCCAGCAGCAGCAGCAGCAGCCAAGGGGGCUCCAAGAUGGGCUCCUUUGGGAAGGCAUCUGGCCCUGGCUCCAGCCCUGGGGCCCCUGCAGCCAAGAAGUGCCCCCGGCUGCCCAAGUGCGCCCGCUGCAGGAACCACGGCUACUCCUCGCCCCUGAAGGGCCACAAGCGCUUCUGCAUGUGGAGGGACUGCCAGUGCAAGAAGUGCAGCCUCAUCGCAGAGAGGCAGAGGGUCAUGGCUGCCCAGGUUGCGCUGAGAAGGCAGCAAGCUCAAGAGGAGGAGCUGGGGAUCAGCCACCCCAUCCCCUUGCCCAGCGCCCCGGAAAUGUAUGUGAAGAAAGAGAGCAAUGCCAAUGGUUCCUGCCUGUUGUUGGAAAGCAGCAGCCCACCACAAUCCACAACAGCCUCUACCACAGGGUCUGCUGCAUCCACAGAAGGACGGAUGCUGAUUCAGGACAUUCCUUCCCUGGCCAGCAGAGGGCACCUGGAGAGCACAUCUGAUUUAGUUGUGGACUCCACCUACUACAGCAGUUUUUACCAGCCAUCCUUGUAUCCUUACUACAACAACCUGUAUAACUACUCCCAGUACCAGAUGGCUAUGGCCAGUGAAACUACUUCUGGUGACAUGGGGAGCUCUCUGGUGGGGCCUCCAGUUAAAAACAGCCUCCGAAGCCUCCCAGCAACAUAUAUGUCAAGCCAGUCAGGAAACCAGUGGCAGGUGAAAAGCCCAGAGAACCGUCAUGGCAUGAGUUCCCAGUACAGGAUGCACUCUUAUUAUCCCUCUACCUCCUACUUAGGGCAGAGCGUUGGGGCGCCUGCUUGUGUCCCACAGAUUUUCACUUUUGAGGAGAGCCCCUCUUACUCAGAAACAAAAGCAAAUGGAAAAAGGCACAUUAGGGGAAGCUCAGGUCAGGAGUGCCAAAACAAUCUUUGGGUAUUUUCACCACCCAGUAGUCAGGAUUCUGGCUUGGUUUCCCUUUCCAGCAGUUCUCCCAUCAACACUGAAAGCAACAAAUCAGUCUUGGAGUGCGAGUCAACCUCUGAUUCUGGCACCUUCCCUGUUCAUUCUGUCAUGGAAGAUGGUGAAUAAACAACAUUAAAGGAAGUCCUUUUGGCUGCUUUGAAGAAGUGCCUUCAUAUUCAGUUGUAUUUUGUCUGUUUUGUGGUAGCUGAUGCUGAAGUAUAUGUUGAGAAAAUGUUGAAUUAUUCCCUUACGUUUCACAAACACUGGGCUGCAACCUUAGUUUAAGAACCAGAGUAAGAGAGAAGGAUGUAACUCUUUUAAAGUAUAUUUCAAUUUUAGGGCAAGGGAAUGAGAAUUGCUGGGUGUGAUCCUAGUACAGGAUUUAAGACAGAUAAAAUUGUAAUCAAAGUUAAAUGAAUAGAUAAGGCUCUUAAAUUAGCAAACAUUACAGUUUUAAAACACAGAGGGGUUUUAUUAAGUAUUUUAGCAGCACUCAAAAGCAAGAUUUUUUUUUAAAGUUAAGUGUGAUUAAGAUUUUAAAAAUUGGCAUUAAAGUUUGUAAAGUCUAAACACAAACCAGAAUUGUUCAUGGGUAUUUUUAAAGGGUGCUACAAUAGAGAAAGAAGGAAAAAACCCAACUACUAAUGAGCUGUAGGUACAUUUUACAAGCCUCUGCUCCUGUUUUCUCAUAGUAUGCUGUGAAAAUUGGAGUGCAUUACAUAUGCAAAAUUUUAAAAAUGUUUUAAAAAAAUGACAUUUUAAAAUUACCUGUAGUGGGUUUUCUUCAUAGUUGUUUUGUUACUUGGAUAUGACUAGUUGUGCCUCCCACUGCCCGUACAAAAAUUAACAUAGAUCCAGUAUUUUACGGGUUAACAUACUGGCUACAAUCUUGGCUUUUGAAAAAGACUGCCUUUUCAAGGUUACUAGAGAUAUUUUCAGUAUUUUGUUUAAAAUUGCUUAGUAUGCGCUUUUCAUAGGGUAACAGAAGCCAACCUGGAAUGAAACUAGCCUUUAAAAAAUUCAUUGUUCUCUGUAGUUGCAGCGGUACCUGAAAUAAAAAUGUUAUUGAUGACUGAAUUUUGUUGUGUGUAUAGUUGGUGAGCUGUAUUAAACAGGAAAAAAAGAAA